AUGACUCACAAGCCGCGCGAAACACUCACAAAGGUCGAACGCGAUGCACUAAGAGAAGUCAAUGCCGACAAGGACAUCGUGAUUGUGCCCGCGGACAAGGGGCGUUCCACCGUCGUACCGGACAGAAAAGACUACCCUCAGAAGGCUAAAAACCUACUGGAUGAUCGCCAGUUCUAUAUCCCAUGUGAAACCAACCCCAUAAAAACGCUGACACGCGAAAUAAAUGCAAGACUGUUGGCACUGGAGAACUUGGGUGCAAUAACAGCGACCGACCGACGCAUGGCGAGUGCCCAAGAAACGGCCUUGGCCCGAUUCUAUGGUCUCCCAAAGUUGCACAAGGAAGGCGCUCCUCUCCGGCCCAUUGUAUCGCUCAAAGGCACUCCAACGUACGGACUGGCAAGAUGGCUGUUUCGGCGCCUCAAAUUUCUGACCGCUGAUUCGGACACCACGGUCUGUUCGUCAACGCAAUUCCUGGAGAAGCUUAAAGGAGUAAGUCUCUUGCCCAAUGCGGUCAUGGUACCUUUUGAUGUCACGUCCAUCUUUACUUCUAUCCCUCAGGAUCUGGCAAUCGAGACCGUCCAGCUACUAAUACGAAACAAAUACGAUGAAACGGAGAAUCGUCUCGGACAUGCCUAAGUCCUUCAGAUCCUAAAGUUCUGUCUUAGGACGUACUUCACGUUUGACGGAACAAUCUACGAGCAAGUGAAGGGAACACCAAUGGGCUCGCCGAUUUCGGGUUUCAUCGUCGAGGCGGUGCUACAGCGGUUGGAGUCGCUGGUCUUCCAACACCACAGACCGAAAUCCUGGGCUCGGUAUGUGGACGAUACCUUCGUCGUCAUCGAACGGGAUCAGGUGCUAACGUUCAAAGAACGUCUCAACAGCGUCUUCGCCGACAUACAAUUUACGAUGGAGGAGGAAAAGAAUAACCAGCUGGCAUUCCUUUAUGUCCUCGUCUGUCGCAAAGAUUGUGGUGGCCUAAAGACCAAAGUGUUCAGAAAAGCAACGAACACGAUGCAAAUUCUGAUCUUCAACAGCAACCACCCAAUCUGCCACAAACGCAGUUGCGUAAGAACGUUAUUUCGGCGUGUUGAGACGCAAUGCAGUGAACCGGAAGACAAGGUCCCAACAUCUUCGACGGGUUUUCCGAGAAAACUGUUACCCGCGCAACUUCGUCAACCAGUGCCUGCGCAAACGAGACGACCGACAAAAUCGCGACGACCCCAAAUUCUGGCGAGUGAUCCCGUACAUCAAGAACGUCUCCGAGGCCGUUAGUCGCCUUCUUGGACCAAUUUGAUUUGGAGUUGCGCAAAGACCGGAGGCCACCAUGAGGCGUCACGUGAUGAGACCAAAAGACCCACUGCCACGGCAAGAAACAUCUGGAGUCGUUUACCGGAUCUGGUGCAGUUGCGAACAAAGCAACUACGUCGGAGAAACUGGAAGACUGCUCCGGACGCGAAUCGCCGAACACAUGGCAGCUGUAGGGAAAAAUGACGCCAACUCUCAGAUCGCGGCCCAUUCGACGAGACCCGGCCACACAUUCGAGUUCGAUGAGGCCGAAAUUCUCGCGAAAGGGGAUAAUCGCGUGAGCCGCGAGUUGCUUGAGUCAUGGUUCACGGGACCUCAGUCUAUCAACAAGUGCAACGACAUCCCCACUCCAUAUUCUGUCAUGAGGCAUAGACUAGCGAAAGCAAUUGACCACUCGAGGAGCGCGCAAGCCGGUGAGCCAGACGGCCGUGCAAUCAUCACGCCAGCAUCCAACACGGGUGAUGAGAUGUCAGCAAUUAACAACUUGCAUGCCGGCCAUCAAGCAAUUAGCGCACCAGCGGGGAACAAUCCUUGAUGAAGGGAGCACGGUUAAUUGCUGUAGGUAUGCGGUAGCAUGGCGACUGCAUCCUAUAAAUACUGCAACUUCCUGUACACUAGCCACCCUUUUCUGCAACUGUCUCUGAUGAUGGAUUAAAGAGAGAAUCCGAAACGUCAGGCGAAUAAAGCCAUUGCUCCAGCGAUCGCUUCUUUUUUCUGAUCAACUAGUUCCUGGAACUCGCAUCUUCGCUUGUAUAGACAAGACAGUGCUUGCUCUAAUACAUCAUAAUUUAUUUUAUGAACAAAACAAAGAAGAAAGUGCUUGCGCACGCAAACAUGAGGAAAGCCUUUUUUACGACAGCAUGCAGUUAACAGGAUCGAUUACCGGCGAUCGAGUCUUGUGAAUUCAAGCCUCACUCCGCCAUCUUACCGUACAACUUGGAAGGUUUGCCAAGACAUUUAUUUGUUACAAGGAUUACGUGUCUUAUUGUCUUUAUUAGUUUGUCUUAUCAAUCUACUGUCUCCGCCGUCGUUUAUGUCCGCCUCAGAUAUAGAACGGUCUUUUGGUGAGAUCUACGAAUAAAGACAUAAAGGCAUAAUCAUCCUGCCGGCUGACAAAGGCCGUUCCACAGUAGUGCUUGACAAAUCCGAUUACCAGAAGAAAGCUUUGAGCCUACUGGACGACACACAGUCCAAUAAACUUUGUCCAGGCAGUGAGAUGAAAAAUCUGCUUACUCAAAUAAACAAAAGCCUGGCAAAACUAAGAGCAAAUGGAGCAAUCACAGCUAAAGAUUGGUUUCUUAUGAAACCCUCUGCCUCUGCCACCGCGCGCUUUUAUGGUCUUCCGAAGGUACACAAAACUAACGUACCUCUUAGACUAAUCGUCUCCCUACGUGGUACUCAUGAAUACGGUUUGGCAAAAUGGAUUUUUUCUCGUCUUAAGUUCCUGGCAGAAGGAUCGCCAACAACAGUGGCCUCUGCUAAUCAGUUCCUUGAACGUCUAAAACAUCCGAAACUAGAGCCAGAUGAAUCCAUGGUAUCGUUUGAUGUCGUUUUACUCUUUAGCUCCAUUCCACAACAACUAGCGAUUGACGUUGUGAGACCCUUCCUGGCUGAUCGCUACAACGAGAGAGACAAUUCCCUGAAGAUUGAACAUCUCAUGGAGCUCUUACGCUAUUGCCUAAAAACAUAUUUCACCUUUGGUGGACAAAUAUAUGAACAAAUCAAAGGCGCCCCUAUGGGCUCCCCCAUAUCAGGGCUGAUUGCUGAAGUGGUUUUUCAAAGGAUAGAACACUUUGUGUUCACUAAGUAUCAAGCAAAGUUCUGGGCUCGUUACGUCGAUGACACCUUCGCCAUUGUCAAAUCAUCUGACGUGGAGCUCUUAAAGAAUUACUGAACUCGUUUGACCAAAAUAUCCAAUUCACGAUGGAAGCCGAAACAAACAACCAAGUUCCCUUCCUCGAUGUCCUUGUGCGUCGGUGUGCAACUGGACAAUUACAAACAACCGUUUUCAGAAAAGCCACCAACACAAGAAAAAUACUGCAUUUCAACAGCAAUCAUCCCCUCUCUCACAAACGCAGCUGUGUCCGUACUCUGUUCCAAAGAGUUGAAACACACUGCAGCACACCAGCCGACAAAAGAGUUGAACGACAAUAUCUGCAUGAUCUCUUUCGAACCAAUGGAUACCCAAGUCACUUCAUCAAGCAAAGCAAGCGCCGAGUGAACAGACGGCGGCCACAAGAAGAACAACCCGAAGUCUGGAGCGCUAUUCCUUACAUUAAAGGAGUCUGCAAGGCGGUUUCAAGACUGCUACAACCCGCCAGGGUAGGUAUUGUCCAUCGACCCCAGGCAACAAUUCGUCGUCGUUUGAUGCAACCCAAAGACAUACUGCCACCCACUGAAACCUCAGCAGUUGUCUAUCAAAUACGUUGUAAGGAUGGAGACUGCAAUUACGUUGGGGAAACCGGACUGAAAUUGCAGACCCGCCUACAUGAGCACAAACUGGCAACACGGAGACUAGACUAAAACUCACAGCUUGCGGCUCACAUUGAGGAAACUGGUCAGUUUUGAUUUUCAAGGAGCAGCCGUCUUAGACAGGGGCACCUCAAGGACUGAGCGUCUCACACGUGAGGCUUGGUACUCAGAUGCCAACUCCAUCAACAGGCAUCUAGACCUUCCUUCGGCCUAUAAAAUCCUACGUCACUUCAUACACCGUGACGAAGACAAGACAAUCACACGGAGCCUAAGAAUGCCGAGCAAACACGGCCUGUCGACCACUUCACCCAAAAGGGGAACGCAAACGCAACCAACCCCAAUUGAGGUGACGAAACGUAUUACAGGAGGCCAACAACGUUCACAGGCGAAGGCCAGUAGGCCAAGGCAGAGAAAGAAGAAAAAAUCGAUCAACCCAGGGCCAACUAAUGCGGCAGUCUAUUCAAAAAUGCUGAUCGACUUUUUCACUUGACGCUUUGACAAUGGAGAGCAGCCCCAGCUCUUCGAACCGUCAGCCAGAAAAAUCCCCCGGUCCGGUGAGCAAUUCAUUCUCCUCAAAUCUACAAAUACUAAAGCGAUCUCGUGACUUAGAAUAUUGAAGGACACCGAAAGCAUCACUAGAAAUAUAUUUCUUUGCAAACAUUCUUUUAUAUACUCUGUUUAAUCGACAAAGUCAAAACAAACGUUUUGUUAACAAUGCCAUCCUCCGAAAUGCCGAACCAUUCAUCUAAAAAACAUGAAUUUAAGCGUGCGUUCCUUUAAUUGCGUCCAUGACGUUUUACAAUUCAAAACGUCGUCAGUCAUCGUCGGCAUGGCAAAGGGAACAUUAGAGACUAAUCUGUCGAGUAGGCUGGCUCCGCCAAAUCUCAUAGACCGUAGGCAAUUGCCAUUGCCUCGCCCAUCGCAUGCGCUUUUGAUUGAGUGAAUUUGGCAUUGACGUUAGGGUAAUUAAAUAAUACACGCUGUAUUUCUUCUCGUUAAGUUAACCAUAAAUCGCCUGAGUAGUUAUGGAAACUGGCUAAGAUAAAUGUUUUUAUAUUGUAUGCUGUUUGAACAGAUAUUCAGUUCGGAUUGUCAGAAUCCAGAGAUCCGGGUUGAUUAUUUGGAGAAGAACAUAGGCUCUCCGGAACCGGUUAAUUUAAAUGCUGACGUCUCAAAGAGCUAGGUCGGCUCUUUUUUGUCAAAUCUUAAAAUGCGCUUAAUCGAUCAGAAAUUUAAUUUAAAGCGGUAGGGGUGUUGGUCGGCCUCACGCUGAACGAUUGUUCUCUCUUCUCGCCGCCUGGGCCUCUCAGGAGAUGUUUGACGGGCGUUUUGUCUGUGUGCUAUGUGAUUCAACACUCCGUCGAAGGGAGCUGAUUUAACCUUUGUAGGGCGGUCGGUCUGGCGGUUCUUGUUCUACCUCAAAGAGUAAACUCGCCGUCGGGCUAUCUCCGAACGGCCUACUUAAUUCCGGUGUGGUUGUUUGCUCCUGAGUCCUACGAUUGUGAUGAGAAUUAGGGUCCAAUAUCCGAGUGGUUAAUUUGUGCUCUUGUAGGCCAGUUUCUAAUUUCCGCCCGGUUUUGCCUACAUACAAUUUCAAUUAAGGCGAUUGCAUGAACCCAUUUUUAGAGAAGAAGGCAGAUAAGGCGGUUUAUGCACUUCGGGUCGUUAGUUGCUGCAACUGGAUUAUAUGUUUUGGACGUUGUUGUAAAGACAAAAUUUCCGAACUACAAUACUGUCGAAGAUCCUUCAAAGACAAUGGCUACCAGCGCAACUUUCUCAACCGGUGCAUAGGCAAAAGAGAUGGAAGGCCAAACAGCAUAUAUCCCGAAUUUUGGAUAAAUUGUGUCUCUGAUGGUGGGAAUCUGGAACGUCCGGCGAAAUAAGCUCUUAUCCCGGCGAUUAAGCCUCCUUCUUUACGACUGCGUCCUGAGAAUUGCCUCUUAACUUAUGCAAGUCCAGAGAUUAUAACAACAAUGAAAUGCAUGAUUUCAUCCCAACCAAAAAUAAUUGCUGAGUAUCACGUUGGACAAGCCCCAUGCAUAGCUACACAGCUGUAGAAAUUCGGAAAGAAAUCCUGCCAUUUAUCUUAAACUUCAGAACCUCCCCUAAACAAUCUGACAGAUAUCAUACCUUUCUGCUCCUGAAAUCAAUCGUCAGAAAUGUAGUAUAUAAAGGCCAUUAAAGCCAUGGACUGUGUCGUUAAUUUAUGCAGUGAUUGUUUGUUUUGUAAUGAAAACCUACAAACAGGUUGAACGCAACGCGUAAGAUAUCGUUACUUGGGUACACCUGGCAAGCAUACGGUUAUUCGUUAGUCACAAGAACACCAAUGUACUGCCUUUUGCUCUCUCCCCACUAUUCACACUCGGUUUCAAUGUUCACAGACGCACACCUUCAUGAGCUCGUCGCAGGAGCAGACUAAGCAGUUUAAUACUUACUUACACUCUAAAACCGUUUUAAUGUCACAAAAAUUUCCUCGCAUUUCUGAGGCAUGUGGGUCGACCUCGAAGCUGGAGAGAUGGGGUUGGAAUUUGUACUCAGACCAAACUGACCCUGCUUGCGGGGAAACCUCAAGUUUGCUAGGUAUCUUCUUAUUUAGUUUCGACUUUGCACCCGCCCAUCCGGCAAAAUAAUUAGCGUGACUUUCCGACUUAACUUUCAAACAAUCGGCAUUUUAAAAGACUUAUUUUUCUAGGCAGAAUGAUAUUACCGACAAAGACAAGGGAGACUGGAAUGGCCAUUUCUGGCUUAUUAACCCUCGUCAGCCAGCCAUACCCAAGCCCGAAGUGUGGAACACCCGAGCCUGAGUAGAGGCGUUGACUUCUAAACCAACAGGUCGCGAGUUCGAGGCUCGGGUGUUCCACACUUCGGGCUUGGGUAUGGCUGGCUGACGAGGGCUAAUAAGCCAGAAAUGGCCAUUCCAGUCUCCCUUGUCUUUGUCGGAAAUAUCAUUCUGCCUAUAUAUCAUGCGCCGCUUUGCGGCUGCUGGUUGGGCUCGAGAGAGAGUCCAUAAGGCACAACGGGACGAGUGAGUUCCGUAUGAACGAUCGGUGAGCGCCCCCUAACACUUAUUUUUCUACGAAGUUUGUUAAUCAGAAAUCGGAGAUAUAAGCCAAACUAGCAGAUUUAUCAACGAAUCUCCAAAUUUAUACCGUUAAGUCGGGUUGUUCGAGUGGAUUGUCUCCAUUGCCUAUCAUACUGGGAUAAAAUCUUCCGUGCAAUUAAUCAUUAAAAGACUUACCUCACAAAAUUAUAAUUCAAUCUCAAAUAUACUCUAACUAGUUAAGUUCUGAAAUUCUUGAAUUUUUUCAUAUCGUCUCUAACUGUUUACUCUAUGAAACUUUUUUUCAGACGACAAGUAAACAUUUCUCAUCAGAAACGCUUGAGAACUGUCGAAACUGCCAAAUAUUACACCAGUCGCACAAUGGGGUCUUUCUAGAUCCUUUCUAGGAUGUGCUAAUUGUCAUCAUAUUUACUUGCAGCGAAUUACAAAGCCAAAAUUUCCAAUCUCCAGCAAAAAAUACUCCCUCAUAUAAUUGAUAACACUCACUGUAAACCGGAAAACAAAUGCAAUACCCAGAUGAACAUGGCUAAGAGAUAAAACGUGCAUCGAAACUCAUUUUGUAAUGCUAAUGUUUUACGAUCAUUGAAGUGGAUUAUGGUAUCCAAAAUCUAAUAGAACCUGGGCUUGAAUUGUGGUUUUCAGUGAUUUGUACGUUUUAAUUGUCAGGUCUCUGUCUUAACGUUGUUUAAAAUGGAGUAGGCUUUAUGUAAAAUUCUAUUUGGCAUUUAGAAGAAUGUUAACUUAUUUUAAUUAAAAUUGGAUACCACUAAAAUCUAGGAAAAGCAUAUGAAGAAGGUUUUGGCGGCACUUCACAUGGGAAUUUAGGGGUCAAACUACGUCUUCACUGAGAAAUGAAGCACUCGAUGUCUUAUAACUCAUCAAGCACGUGACUUGCAUUUGCUUAUAUUUGAGUUAUCAAAGUCAUACUAAGCCAUUGCAUGGACCGAUGACCACGGUUUUUAAAAAAGUUUAACCGAUACCAGGCAUUAAAAUAGGCUAUUGUCCGAACGUACCGCAGCGUUCACGUUUCUGAAUUUCACGAACAAUAUGAUUAAUGAAGCGAUGCAGGCACAUUUUCUGCCUAGGAAAAAGGCGACUACUUGAAGGGGCUGGACGACUCAGUAAAAAGCUAAUCGCUUAGGGCGCCCGAAAAAUCUUCUUUCAGAUUCCGUCAUUCAUUCUGUAUAUUGUCUGAAAGAGCUACCUAGGGAGUGUAUUUGCAAUAGUAAAAGUGUUAUUGAUGAUUUGUGAAUACGGGGGAGCAAUUGUUACUUUACGCUUCAUUAACCGUAAACGAAACUGGCGAGUGUGCACUACAUGGGGCAUAAACAAGCUUCAGAAAGGCCCAUUUCAGAUCUUUAUCCUUUCGACGGCAUCUGGAACGUAUAUAUGCCACGUAAUGAAGAUACUGAUAUGCCCUAUGCGAGGUUUUCUAUCCUGUGGUAUGCUAUUUAGCAUGACCUUCAAUGAUUUAACACAUUGACAGACAAAGUCACGUGUAUCUCUGGGACAGCAUUGUCCAUCAUAAGAUGUAAGUAGUUGUUUUAUCAAAACUGACAAAAAAUAUAAUAAUCCCCUACUAUGCGAGGCCGUCGAUUUCCGCGCCCGUCAAGUCUGAUAUGCGGUAUUACGUUACAUAGGACCAAAGUUACAUUAAGUUUAACGACGUUUUAUAAUCAUCAGGAUUACUUUUUCGAGGAACAAGCAUUUUCUGGACAUGAUGUUAAAUUUUCAUCUGCCGUAAGGCGACACAAGGCGAGAAUCAUCAGUGUCUCAUCGUAGAUAGACAAAAACAGAUCAGAUUUUUCAUUAAUCAUUGUACUAGCCGCUGCCUUAAUUCCUGACAAAAGUGACGUACAUUUGUUCAGGGUUAUUUUCGAAAGAUAUAUUUUGCUGUUAGUAAAGAUGAAAAAAAGUGUGGCUUACAAUUGCCAUCUUGUUUCAUCCCGCUGAGGUCUGCAAUAAUCCACCUUACAAGACGGCUUUCUCGUUAUAAAAGCUGCGUCUGGUUGGUUAUUUUCGCCCUUCGACAAAACAACCAAAGAGCGUUAAGCGCUGUCAUUCUAGGUUCUUUUGAUUUCCACAUUCCGUCAAGUGCAGAACAAUGGAAUUACACAAAGACAUAUAAAUGGGUUAUGCAGCUAUCUCUAUUUAUCUAAUUUCCCACGAAUGUGUUCAGUAAAUGUUUUGAGCCCAUAGCAGCAUCUGUCAAGCGUAUGCGUGUAUUGGUAUGCGUGUAUGUUACACAAUCAACAUUGUAUUUAGGUCCCUUAAGAUCAACGAUGGUAGAAUUUUAAAGCAAGAAUAUACUUAAUUUAAUAAAUAACACGUGUUUUAAUAGAAAAAUCAGCCUUGGUCAAACACGAUUUUGGUAUCCUAGGCCGCAUCGGAUAAACGCGAACCAAUAUAUUUAAAAACCGCCUCUUGGCAUAAAUAACGUCAUAGACACUGACUUAAGUGAUCCUGACAAACGGACUUUUACUUUAAUUAUUUGUUUAAAUAGUCCAUCCGAUCAUUGUCAAGUAGUGCCUUGCUGCGAGAAUUAAAGACAAGAAACAGAAAACAUAACAAGAGCUAACACAAUAAAAAUAUGUUGACAAAUGUUUUGCAGAAAUCAAAUGAGAUCCGUUAUCAAGCAUACGAUUGAGCUUUUAGAAACACUGACAACAGAAUUGCCAGAAAGUACCUGUCGUUAUAUUCUGGUUGCAGUUUAGUAUAGGGAACAAAUUCAGAAUCCGGAAAAUAGUGUUCUUGCUUGUAGGAUAUCCUCACAAGUUUAACUAGUUGAACACUUCCGAAAUCACUGCCUUUCGCCAUGUAAAUUUUUGAAAACUUUAGUAAUACCUUUCGCAUCACCCAUACAGUCUUGAUAAUAAUUGAGGCCUCAAUUAAACGAUUGAAUGUGGUAGCCUAUUAAUUCCUCGAAGCCCGGGGCAUCGGCAACAACGUAUAUGUUUAACUCACAGUUAUGGGACUCAGAUAAACUUCCAUUGAGGUGUUACAUCGCGAAGUAAGAGUUUGCGUUGCCAAACAUGAAGGCGUGUAGUAUUCCGUUUUCCCAUUGACAGCGCUGCGUUUGAAUGGACGAAGGCUUCGGCUGUUGCAGGUUUCUCGAGUCAAUUUUACGGGUAUCGUAAACGAACAGGAGAAAAUCAAGUGGUGCAAUGUCUUGUGGCCGAAACAAUUGCGAUCUUUUAAUGGAUGCGGUGCGGUUGUGUACAAAGAACGAUGUCAGUUAGAUUGUUGCGCAUGACGAGGUCCACCGUUUGCUCCACAGCAAGGUGACGCAGACACAGUGACUUCAACGCGAUUUUGUUUACAGUGAAUGUAGAAAAAUACAGCAUGUACCACACUCCCUCCUCCUCUUCCACCUGGACGCGGUUUCAAAGCAGUCAGAAAAACCUGAGUCGUGGAAAGGCGCGGAUGGAUGACACGGUCGAGCUCGCACCUUGACGUUCUACAUUGCAAACGACCAGGAUUUGAAACAACGCGAAAGAGGAAUUCGCGCGGCCGAAACCGACCCAAGGCGUGCCGUCACACCUGGCUCGGAUCCGGCGGAGUGGGAGCGCCAUAAAGACCAUGUUAAGAAGGAGCUAUUGCGGUCUCGUUUUUUGAUCAAAUGUCGGCCGCUUUUCACACUAUUGCAACAUGAAAUUUGAGUUCUACGCCUAAUGCUAAAUAACUGAACUUUCAGCGGUCACAAGUAGUUAGACGUCAAGCCUCGGCUCAUUCGAUGAGAUUAGUUGCAAAUUUAAUUAAUAUAUUCUUGAAAUUGUUGCGAGCAGUAUUACACAUGUGCUGAUUUCCAUUCGCGUUACAGGCAAAAUUACCUCCUCCGGAAUAUUUUUUGCUCCUAUCCAACAAAAACCAUGUUUGGCCACACAGAAAGAAGGCGGGCGAGACAAUUUGCCGAGUAAUCGAUACGCCAGGUGUCAAAAACGAUGACGAUAACGGCCAAUGUUCGGACUGACAAGUGGCUAUCAUAUCGAAUGCGAUCCCUAACGGCUAAAGCCACUGCCGUUAAUUGUGCUGGUCAUGCCAUUACUUGGCCAACGUGCGCCUUUAAUACUUCGUUUCUGCUGUCUGGACCAGCCUAUGCCGCGACCGUUAGUGAAGGCAGAUAAUAAAUUUGAGGGAUGGAGACUUUAUCCGGGCUGCUUCGAAAUUUCGCUAGAAUGGAAAAUAUUCUGCUCACACUUUCUCAUACCAUCAACUCCAACAUGCUUACGGCCAAUUACUUCGACUAUUUAACGCACUACUACGCAUAAUUCACGCAUGUCACAUGCAUAUGUGUAUGUUUAAUCAGGCGGUUACGGAUAGUCGUCGUUUUUUGGCUUAUUGGGUAUUAGAAGGCACAUAGUUGCCGAGCUCAACCUUAAAAAUCCUAUAAAUAUUUAGAUAACUGAAGGAAUUUGUACUUGCCCCAUCAUCCUGAACUCGGCUUAUUUAAACAACCAUUCGGGUCAUUUUGUUGACAGCUGCUGGUUUCCAGUGUAUGGCGAGAUUCCUAUGGGUCUGAAUGUUACACAAGUAAGAUACGAUUUAUAAAACCCCCAGCAAGACAGAAAAAUUGCAGUGUUGAUCUUGAUAGCAAUAUACCAAAUGCGACAAAUACAAAGCACCUCCAUCAAUGUUCAAAUCCGCAAACUGGGCUGCUUUGACAACUAGUACACCGUCCCUAAGCAGACAAGUUUAUUGUGACUUUUUGACAGACAGAGCAGACACAGGUCGAACGUUCAUUGUGAUUGCAUGAUAAGGUCGCGGAAGAUCUCCCUCAAUUCUGCACGAUUGUCUGGUCUUGGCGGGCACACAACACUGUCUUACUUUUCCUCUGAUGAACACUCAUUUUAACUUACCAUACCUGACGACUUCUGUCUUAUGUGCGCAUCGGUCAUAUAUGUCGUUCGAGAUAAACGUAAGACGAUUAUUUACAUUAUAUUUCUGAUAUUUUCAAAUUCUGUCGAUAACAUAAGAAAUAUUAUAAUUUUCCAUUUACUCUCCAGUCAUCGCAGGUGCAUCCUGCCCUAUGAGCUGCUUGAAGAUCUCACUUAUGUGAAAACGAUUUGGAGAUUAAAUAAGUAUCUAAAACAUGUGCUAAGUAACUUAAUUAUGCUGGUUCCCUAGCUGUGUGUAGAAAAAGCGGGCACAUGUUCAUGUACACGUAGGGGUGUUUUAAGUCUCCAUAAACUUCGUCAAAGAUACAGGUAACUUUUCAGAUCUUUCAAGUGCACAUAUUGUUGCUGUUUGCUCCUCGUUCCAUUAAACACCACCUAGUGCAUUUUAUGUCAUUGAUCAUUUAAAGCAAGUGAUCCACAUCGCGUUACUACGUUAGGUAUUGUAUGUUUACUUACUUCUCAGUCAAGUCUACUCUAUAUAAUCUGAAAAUCCUAUCCUCAUACAUUGACUCAAUUACUGGCUUGCAAACUAAAUCAGCAGCACCACCCAACGGGUUAUAACAGUAGGCUAAAAAGUUAAUCACUCAACAUAAAAUUGUUGUUUUUAUUCAUUAUAUGCUUGCUUAUUAUUGCAUUUGCACUAAAUGUCUACAAGUUUAACAGGUUUAGAACGGUUGUAUUAAAUAUACUUUGUCCACAUUUCAAAUAAAACGACACACUAGGAACAUGCAAGAACAGUCUUUAGCAAUAAUUGCACCGCAACUGCACAACUGCCUAAAUUAAAUUUUCUAAACAACGCAUCUUUUGACGGUCGAUGAACACAUAAGUCCUCCCCUUGCUAGAAAAUAUCAGCAGAAAAUAUAUUGCCUUGAUUAUCUACCAGUAUUUAUCAUUUAUUACAGGAGUACUUAUAAAAAUGUCCGUCAUUCCUUCAUUUUACGGCACGUCGCCAUGCCGUCAUCCUCUCUGUCCAUAUUCCCUGUUGAUUAGUGCUUAUGAUAAAGAGUUUGUUAAUAGUGACUCCUACUACGGUGGGGCUACCCUCAGCUAUAGGUCAUUUGCGUCGUAGAUGUGGAUUUUAAUAAGAUCAAAUACAUUGCGUUUGUAUGAACUCUUACAAUGCAUGGUAUUUCUUAACUCUAGUGCUGGCCGUUGCAGGGCCUAAUUUCAAAAAGCUGAUUGCGAAACCAAAGGAAACCACAGCUAAAAACACCGCGGAGGAAGAGAAAACGCUUAAUAAAUUUGAUAAUGACUCGCUAUCAGGAUUGCCAUGCCAACACCAAGAACUGUGUUGUGUCUUUGAACCAAAUGACAAAACUCGUAUUUAAUUUCUGGCUUUAGUCUUUCAAGCAUAAUGUGACUGUACUCAUGUCUUUGGACUUUUUUGGGACUUUCAACUUGGUAGAAUUUUAUUUUCGAUACUUUAUAUUUGUCAGCCUACAAAGAUAUGUAGACUGCAAGGUGAUGUUUGUCUUUGUUUUUUAUUUGUAUAAAUAAAAAUGGUACUUGUUCAAAACAAACAAAUAUUCACAGGAGAACAGGGUUUCAUGGUUGUGAAGACAAAGCGACGUCUUAAGUGGUAUAAUGCCUUUUCGCUGGCAAAAAUGCAGAGACCUCCUCUCCUAUUGGCUAGUAUUGUCCUCGGUGAUAUCUUUAUUUGUGUUCGAAAAAAGCCGUAGACCACACAGGCAUAUGAGGUAGAGAUUGUUUCUGUUUCCUCCAACAAACAUGAGAAAAGGAACUUUCCCUCCCUUUAGUAAGGAUGGCCAUAUGAUAUAUCUAGUUAAGAGUAUCAAUAGUCGUUUCAUAAAUUAACUGGAAUUUGACAAAUAACACUUAUACCAAUCUUAAUCAUAACCGGUAUUUGACCGCACAACAAAUUCCCUACGUUUAUAGUCAGCUCCCUUGAUUACCACUGGGGCUCACUAUGGCUGCUUUUUAGUCUGCACCCAAUUUGCAAUGGAUUAAUUGUUAUCACCUUUGUGGAGUCUAUACGUAAAUAUUACUUGGUCACUUGAAUUUUUGUUACUGCAGUUGUCGUUAGACCUUCAUGAUCCCGAAUGUCUAAUUCCUUUAUUCAGGCCAAGUCUGAGUACAGAAACUAUGGCCAGAAGCCCACAAUGCUUAAUUCUCUACUGGGCCCAGCAAGCCAGGGCUUAAGCAUCUCUCGGCUCACGCGGUUGACGCCUGUUGCAAGACUUUUGGCCUCAUUAAAACUUACAGAGAUGGUCGAGUGCCGUUCAUCCAGCCGAGAUUUAUGACUUAGCGACAUCUUGAGCAUUUGCAUCCAAGGCAGUCUUCAAGUUUCUCCAACGUAACGGGCUGUCUACGACCGCACUGGAUCAAAUAAAAUAUGUUUCUUGCAAUGUGAGAGGGUUUUCGGCCUUAUAAGCUGGCGAGAGAGGGUCGUUCCGACUUGUGUGCAACUUCAACUCCAAGCCGUGUUAGCAGACUGCUGACGUAUUCCAAGAUACUUUCCAUGUACGAGGGCGCUCUAAUAAAUUUGGAAUUGGUUGGAUUACGUCUCACAUCUUAGACUGCAUCCUAUAAAUACUGCAGCCCCUUGUGCGUGAAUCAGUCGUAUCUGCUGUUGUCUCUGACGAUGGAUUCGAGCAGAAAUCCGAAACCUCAGGCUAAUAAUGCUUUGGUCUCAGUGGUCGUGUCUCCUUCUUCGAGCCUCCUUCCUGGGAAUUGUCCCUUCGCUUCUAUCGGCAAUAUUCCAUAUCUGCUCACACAGCUACUUACCUACGUUUAUCGGCAGCUCCCUUGCUUACCACCGGGACUCCAGGUGGCUGCUUUUUAUUCCGCAAUCCAAUUUGCAACAGAUGAAAUUUAAUCACCUUUUGGAGUCUAACCGUGAUAAUUACUCGGCCAUUUGUUUUAAUGUUGCUGAAGUUGUUGGUAGACAUGGACUUUCGCGCAGGGCUAAUUCUUCAACUCAGGUAAAGUCCCAGUACAGGACGUCUGGCCAGAAGUCCAUAUGCUUGAUGCUCAACUGGGUCCAGUGGGUCAGGUAUUAAGCACCUCGUAGCUCACGCGGGUGACGUCUCUUGCAAGAAUAUUGGCCUCACCAAAUUUAGAGGUGUGGUCGAGUGCUGCCCAGCAAACCGCGACUUAUGAGUAUCUCCAUUUUGCGCAUUUGGGUCCAAAGUAGCCUUCCAGUUUCUCCAACGUAACAGCCUGUCCACAACGGCACCAGAUCUAAUAAUAUACGUUUCUUCGGCCUCAUAGGCUGGCUCUGGAGGGCCUCUAAGACUUGUAGUCAACUCUACCUCCCAGGGAUUUUAACAGAAUGCUGAAGUGUUCUAAGAUAAUUUCCACGUACGAAGGCGCUGGUCAAAAUUUCGAAUCGGUUGAAUUGCGUCUCAUAUCACAGACGGACAUACUGGACAUUGUAUGUGGAGGAUGCCUAUGUCCUCAUUAAAACGGAUCAGGUAUUGGCACGCAAAGCGCACAUCAAUCACAUUCACCAGGAUGAACAAAUUACGACAGUGGAGAAAGAGAACAACCAGCCGGUCAUUCUCGGUCUCCUCUGCCUUUGCAAACACUGGGUUGACCUUUAGACUGUACUUACCAGGAAAGCGGCUAAAACGACGCCAAUACUGCAGUUUAACAGCAACCACCAAAGUGGUCACAAACACAGUUACGUAGAGGCGCUAUAACGGUGCCUUGUCACACAUUACAGUAGCCCGAAAAAACAGCAGCUGAGGAACUCUGUCUUGGGCAGGUAUUUGGAGUACAUGCGUACUCCAGCACAUUUGUCAACCGAUGCCUACACAAAAAGGACGACAUGCAAUUUUGUGAAGCUCUUUUAUACAUGAAAGGGAAAUAUGUGUUCCAGAACGCAAACUAUGAGAAUGAUGUUUAAUCAUCUGAUUCUGCAUAAAUAUGUAAUGUUGUUGCAUUUCAUUUUAUAGGUAACUGACCACGCUGCGAACAAGUGCUCGAACAGGCCACACAAUAUCUGUCGAAUUUGUGAGGUUUUAUCUCGUCGGUAAUCAAAAAAUUGUUGAUAUUUCGAUAAAAAAACAGCUCGGAUUAGGGCAACCAAUUAGUCAUUUAGACAAACAAGGCAAUCUACAACUCAUUAUCAGAAUGUGUGGUAAGUAUAUUGUUUAAAUGCUCUACCUUUAACGUGUCUCUUAUCUUUAGCUUUUCCUAUAUUUGAUAAGAACCCAAACGCCAAGUAAGUCUUAUUUAAAUUUCAUCCAUCAUAUGUCCUCUUUUAUAUGCUUUGUGAAAUCUGUCUUUUCAUGCUUAGCGGUGUAUAAGGACAGUAUUGUUCUCGGCACUCUUGGCAUGCAUAUUUAUAUCUGACAGUCGUGAAAGGUCGAGACAUUAUUUCUGCUAUGAAAUAAUAUUUCGCUUGUUAAAGUUUGGAAUCGGUUGGGUUGCGCUUCAUAUCACAGAUCGAAAGGCAGAAGGUUGUAUGUGGAGGAUGCCCUUGUCGUCAUCAAAAAGGAUCAGGUAGUGGCACUCAACUGGAUUCACCAGGAUAAAGAAAUUACGACAGUUGAGAAAGAGAACAAGCAGGCGGUCAUCAUUGACGUCAUGGUCUGUGGCAAAUAUCGGGGUCUCCUAAGAACUGUGAUUUUCAGGAAAGCGGCCAAUUUGACGCCAGUAAUGCAGUUUAACAGAAACCACAAGAUCAGUCACAUACGUAGUUACGUAGAGGCGCUAUAAAGGCGACUUCAUACAGACUACAGUAGUUCGAAAGAAAAAAAACAGCCGAAAUACAAUGUCAUUGGUACGUUCUUGAUGUGAAUGCAUACUCCAGCACCUUCGUCAAUCGAUGUCUGCGAAAAAAGGACGAGAGACUAUUUUGUAAAGCUCUAUCGUACAUAGAAGCAAACUUUGUGUUUCAGAAAGAAAAAUAUGGGAAUAAUGUUCAAUCACUUGAUUCAGCAACAGUAUUGAAUGUUGCCGUAUUUCAUUUUAAAUGCAGUUGACCGCGCUGGGAACGUGUGCUUGAACAGGCGACACAAUAUCUGUCGAACCGUAAUAUGUGUUCAUGAGAAACAAAUAAAUAAAAUGAAAUAAUCGUAUUAAAGACCCAUCGGCGAACCUUCGUAGCAAGGAAAAUGAAAUGUAACUUGAUUAUUCAAGUUACCGACAAUACUGGCGGUGUCGCUUUCCACAACGAUAGUGGCUUUUCUCGUUUGUCGGCAAACCGUCUUUGAAGGCCUAGCCGACCUCAUGUUGUAAUUUUCAACCGCACUAGAAAAAAAGGUUGACGUUAUGGGUAACAGAAAUUGCGUGCCUCCUAUUUACAUUACCACCUCGACCCCUUAGUUCUGAAAAACCACUUGCUAUGUGAACUGUGAGGUUGUGGGUCCACGAAUAUUGCUACCGUAAGGGAAGCUUUUAUAAAUUAUUGUAAGCCGCAAAGUGUACGCCUAGUGUUCAGCAUUUCAAUUGAAGCAAAAAACCGUCUAAGUGGAGGCAUAGAACCUCCGUAAACGAGGUCGACAGGGUGGUGCAGCAGUUAUUGCUACUCAUAAUAGCUUUCUAAACGGAGAGAUUAAAAAAUUAUUGGGAUACGCAAGUUAUCCAUCAAUAUUGAGAAUGUUACGUAGAAUACAUCAGCACGUCUAUUCAAAUGAAAUAGGAGGUUUUUAACACAUAUGUCGUUUUCCACUAAGGUCAAUGCACCCGUUAGCGAGGGAGUUUUCAACUCCAAAAUUAUUAAACACUUUUACUGCACUUAGCAAUGAACUACGAUUGUACUAAUGAAGGAGUUUACGCGUAUGGGGCUCCCUGAAGUUUAUUAUCUGUAAAUCUAUCUCACCAAGCCCUCCAGCUACUCGCGGCUGAGUUACUGAUAAUUAAUCUCGGUAUUUUACACAUCUUUCUUGGGUGUCUUUCAAAAGGAAAAAACGACAAUGGGUCGCGACGCCCUUGAAGGGACUGAUUCGAACUUUGUUUUAAUCGUUCGAUUUUGGGGUAGUAAGGUUAUUGGGGAUUGCUGCAUAAAAACCGUCGCCUGUAAGUUUAAAGAUCUAGAGUCGACGCAAUUGUGCGAUCAGGCCGUAAAUUCACAAGACGACGUGGAUAGACUACGGCAGUUACUUUUUUAUGCUGUUUGCAAAUCUGAAAGGACAUACAAACUGGCCAACAACUGUCCUGCACAGACUGAAUAGCUAUUCUAAACAUUUGCAGUCGGCAACUGAAUUUUUUUCCCCUUUUUCAGAUUUUGCACAAAAGAGAUGUUGUGACAUCUGAUUGGUGAGCAAAAUUACACAUUACAUGCAAUCAAUUUUUGUGAUGCAUUGAUUAUCACUGAUUACGUUUGCUUACGCCGCCACCAUUGCGUGUGUGUGUGACGUGACGCGUCUUUGCUGAGGUGAUUUUUAUCAUUCAUUUGUGUACGUAUCUCAUCCCAUUCUACACCAAAUGCUGCGUUUAUAACGUCAAGGCAUGACAUUAAACGCAAUUUUGUUGACUUCUGAAGACGUUGAUAGAGGAAAAGUUUAGGGUAAUAGAGCAUGAGGUAGAUCAUUAUUAUAUCCGCUUGGGCCGAAGUAGACUGUUUAGUUAUUGCUUAUCCAGGGGCAUAUUUGAGAGGGAUUUUGUGAUCUGACUCGGAGGACAAAAAGCAGACGACUUUGUCAAGAGAGUGUUUUAUCGAUACGUAACACGUAACUCACGUAAUCAUCGCCUUUCGCAGAAAAUUUGGCCCCAACGCACUUAAAUAUGUGACCGCGGUAAAUGCAUUUUCAUAAAGGUCACGCUUGACUCUCCUUCGGACAACCGGAAGCACAGCAUACACUACGAUGUGUCCAAAAUCCAUUUAAACUGAGAAGCAGAACGCCAUCUACCUAAAAGCCUUCGCUAUACGUCAGAACAGAUUAAACUGAAGAUUAUAACCCACCCAGGCCGUUAAACCUUGUGCUUUAAAAGUAAAGAGUGCUGCUACUAGUGGACGGAACACGAGCACUGCGAAACGCCUACCCAAAAUAAUUUCAAAGAUAUUUUUCACCAGCUGAUCGGUAGAAAUAAUUGAACUAUUAAGUCAAACUCAUUAAAAGAUUCACUGCCCGCGUAAAAAAACAAACAAAACCGAACGAAAAAUCAUGAUUCGUUAGAUGUUUUUCAACUGGAGACGCUCAAUAACACCAAAUAUGGUGAAGAGCCAGAUUUUGAAGAAAAAAGGAUGACGAUCAGCAAACCCGCGCCCAGUUAGGUCAAACAACUGUGGAUUCGAAAUGCGACAACGUGCUAGGUAUGCCACAUGAAAUAUCUACCAAGCUUGAUGCCGAUAUCGUUUCAAAAUCUAUCAGAGAAAAACACCGCUUUCGUUAUGCAAAUGUUUUGCGUUUGUUCCAGAACAGAUGAAAGCCGAAAGUGGGACAUAAGUCGAAGCAGCAUGUCAGUUGCAUUAAAGAUUCUUGGCUGCAGGUUUUAAUAUUAGCUGCUGAAACUGUUUCUGAUGAAUACCUACUCGUUAAUCGAGAUAUGUAAAAAUAAGCAUGGGGUUUUUUCUACGUCGAGAUGGGCAGCAUCACCUUAGAACACAAACAUUUGACUGCCAAAACUGAAAAAAAUGUGAUUAAAGCUAUAGUGCAUCAAAUGGGGAUAUUCAGGCUGUGCACAGGGCGACCGACACACUCCGGAGGUUACUGGAUUAAAUAAAAACGAGGUCUGAAACGAAGAAAUACUAAUCGCCGUACAUCAAAUCGUCCACCGAGUCGACUGGAAUGAUAUAUCUGUAGGCACUUCCUGUAAUUCUUUUUGCUUCCAGACCAAAAACUUUGGCAACGAAUUUAUUUCUCGUACAAAGUGUCAGCUUUCCGAUCAUAUCAAAAGGGGCACAAGUGACAAAAUGGUCAGAAUCGUCCUCACUAAGACCCUAAAAAUGCUGCCGAACUUACGUAUAUUGCGUUGCUUAACAAUAGCGAUCCCGAGAUAGUACUGUGGGCAUAUUACUCAUACAUCCAGCAAAUGAAGAUAUUUGAGGUUCGGCCACAUUUCCGGCAGGGAAAUGUGGAUGUGGAUUUAGGUUAUUACGGCUCAUCUGUCUGUCGAUUGGAACAUCACCAGGUAUGCCGUGUAAUUGUCCGACAAAAUAACCCCCUGGAGGACAAAGAGUUUCCCAGAAUGCAAAAUGUGGAUCGCGGAAGGAGUACGAAGCACGCAGUCUAGAAAGGACCGUAGACGGGUCAAAGGUACACUUUAGGUAAAUCAACGGAAGGCUAAAGAACAAUGCUAAGGUCGCAUUGCUGAAUGGCUGAGUCAAUGAGAACAGUACCGAAAACGACAAUAAGGCAGAACAAUAAAGCUGACUUAUCACAUCUGUUUUCACAGAUGGAACGAACAUUAACAAUCCUAACUUUCUACUUUAAGCAAACUACGCAGUAUUUUAAGACAUCGAAUUCACAGAAUAGGAUAUAAGGUAUGAACCCUUUGGGCUUAGGGUACAUUAGACUCCGGUCCGGACCAAAUGCUGACAAAAUAUUUGAUGAAGCCUGCUUGCUUAAACUCCCGGUCACUUUCGGAUAUUUUUCAGCGGUUCUCGAUCGAAACAUUCUUCUGUUUGAUUUGAUGGCGGCGAGUGGUUAUUCAGUUCACACAUGUCGGCCCUGUACUUGCUACAAAUCUUCUUGACCGAUGAAUUUAAUAUGCGUUCCUGGCAAACUUGCGGAACGGCAAUAAAAAGUUGUCAUAAGAUUCCUCGAAGAUAAGGAUUCCUUGACCGUGCUCAACUUGGAUUACUCAUAUUGAACCAAUUGAUCGGCGUUUGCCCAUUCCGGAGUGAACAAAUAACCGAUCUGCAGCGACAGAUAAUAUAUAUUUAUAUGUGUACUGGAAAAUGGGCAUUCCAAGAAACAUAAUUCGAAGAAAAAUGAGACCUUUGGGAAAAUUUAUUUGGUAAAUUUGGUAAAUUUUAUUUGGUAAAUUUUAGAGUCCGUUUCCCGAGUUCGUCUUCAGAAGUGUAGUCAGUGUGAAGAAACAGUCAAAAUUUAAACAAUGCCCAAAAAAUCAAUAUUGCACUGUCAUGGCUGAGGAUGGGUUGAACUCGUUGAAAGACACCUGAGGAAGCACCAAAUACAAGUGGUUCACAAACCGACUACCACGCUACGCAAUCAGCUUGUACAUUCUAAGGAUAGAGUUGCAGUGCAUUACACAGCAUUACACAGCACUUGUAAUGCAGUUUAUUGUGGUCAAACCGGAAAAUCCGCCUCUACACGCCUACAUGAACAAUAAUUGGCAGUGAAGAGGCGGGACCACUUAUCCCAGGUCGCCUUUAAACUGGGCACAAAUUCGCUUGGGAUAAAACACACAUUGUCGUUUCCUGUCCACAAUAGAAAGGCCGAGAAUUUAUAGAGGCCACUCACUCUGAUGAUUCAUGCAUCAGUCGACGCAUCGAUCUUGACGCCAUGUACAUAAAUCUCAAGGAAAAUGGAGAACGUGAUAGAUAUUCAAGACGUGACAUCAGCCCGCAGCAUCAACCCAUCCUCAACCAUGAGAGAGCAAUAUCGAUUUGUUGGGCAUGUUUAAAGUUCGACUGUUUCUUCACAAUUACUAAACGUCUGAAGACGACUUGGGGAAGCAGACUCGAAAAAUGACGAAAUAAAGUUUGGUUAUUUUCCCAAGGGAAUCAUUCUUCUUCGAAAUAUAUACAUAAAAUACCUGAGUAUCUCGCUAAGAUUGCAACAGGCCUGACGCAGACAGCUGUAUCACGGUCGUUACCGAUCAUCAGCACGUCAUAGACCUUAUGAAGUGAGGUAUAUAAGCAUGUCAAGUGGGCGUUUGACCCUCACUGUUGUGGCUAGGAUCUCACUAAAUCCCAUUCCGUCCGCCCGCCUAUGACGUACUGAUGAUCGGUAACGACCGUGAUACAGCUGUCUGCGUCAGGCCUGUUGAACUCUUAGUGAGCUGCUCAUGUAUUAUAUGUGGUAUGUGUCCUAUGACACAGUUUUCGUUGUCGCCAGUAGUAAGCUGGCGGGCGGUUAGAAUGGGAUCGAAUGAGACCCUAGCCACAACAGUGAGGGUCAUACGCCCACUUGCGUAUAUUUCCAAAUCCAGUUAGCGGCCAGGGUUAUUAUUGGAUAAAUUACGGCUAGCAGGCGCGAAAUGGUGCUGUCUCAAUCUGUACCUCAAACAUUGUCGACUCCAACCUCUUCUAUCCUAGCUUGGGCGAAGUCGGCAUGGUAUUUGGUUGCGUGUUCAUGACUCUCAUCAGACAUACGAAGCUUGUUUGUUUCGGGAAGCUAAAUGAUUCGUGUGCACCAAUUCCAGAGUAAAUAUAUAUAUAUAUAUAAUACAUGAGCAGCUCUCUAAGAGUGCAACAGGCCAGACGCAGACAGCUGUUUCACGGUCGUUACCAAUCAUCAAUACGUCACAGGAUCUCGCUCGAUCCCAUUCUGUCCGCCCGCCAGCUUGCUACUGGCGACAACGAACGCUGUGUCAGAGGACACAUACCACAUAUACUACAUGAACAGCUCGCUAAGAGUGCAACAGGCCAGAUGCAGACAGCUGUUUCACGGUCGUUACCGAUCAUCAGUACGUCAUAGGCCUUAUGAAAAUGAGGUAUAUAAGCAUGUCAAGUGGGCGUUUGACCCUCACUGUUGUGGUUAGGAUCUCACUCGAUCCCAUUCUGUCCGCCCGCCAGCUUGCUACUGGCGACAACGAACGCUGUGUCAGAGGACACAUAGCACAUAUAAUAAAUGAGCAGCUCUCUAAGUGUAAAACAGGACAGAAUGGGAUCGAGUGAGAUCCUAACCACAACAGUGAGGGUCCAACGCCUACUUGACAUGCUUAUAUACCUCAUUUUCAUAAGGCCUAUGACAUACUGAUGAUCGGUAGCCACCGUGAAACAGCUGUCUGCGUCUGGCCUGUUGCACUCUUAGGGAGCUGCUCAUGUAUUAUAUGUGGUAUGUGUCCUCUGACACAGCGUUCGUUGUCGCCAGUAGCAAGCUGGCGGGCGGACAGAAUGGGAUCGAGCGAGAACCUUACCACAACAGUGAGGGUCAAACGCCCACUUGACAUAUAUAUAUAUGGAAGAAGGUAAAGAGAUCUCUGGGGAGGAUGAUUUAUUCAUCUGACGUUUCACACUUAUACUUGAGCGCAUCAUCGGAGAUAGAUUAAAAGUGGAUUUUGUCGCUGCUCUUGAAGCGACACUCUCAAAGACGAAGGCCACAGAGGACACCAAGAACUCGACUCGUCAACGAGCCGCAUCACUAAUCAUAUCCCACAGGCCACGUCGAACCAUCUCCUCACCCGAGGUAAAUGCCAUUAAAGAAUUAAAGAGGGACGAAGACAUUGUGAUUGUCCCAGCAGACAAAGGACGGGCAACCGUGAUCCUGGACAAGUCAGAGUACGCAGCGAAAGCUCAGGAGCUACUCAACGAUAACCAGUCAUACAAGGUCAUUGACUCCGACCCCAUGAAAACACUGGUGGCAAAAAUCAGCAAGAGUCUGAGUCUAAUGAGGAACCAGCAGGCAAUAUGUGAGACCGAUUGGCGACAGAUGAAACCGCAAGAUGCUGCAAUAGCACGCUUCUAUGGGCUGCCAAAGAUCCACAAACCAAACGUCCCCUUACGGCCAAUUGUGGCGCUGAAGGACACACCUACCUCCGUCUGGCUAAGUGGCUUACCAAGCAUCUGAAGAAGCUGACAGAGGGCUCAGAACACACAGCUGUAUCCCCAUCACACCUCCAGGAAAGACUCCGCGGCGUCAAAAUAGCCCCCAAUGAAAUAAUGGUGUCCUUCGACGUCGUCUCUCUUUUAACCUUCAUCCCUAAAGAAUUAGCCACGAGGGUCAUAAGUGACCUACUGGAGAGGAGGUACGAUGAAGAGGAAAAACCUCUGAAAAGGAAGCACAUAAUGGAGCUACUGGACUACUGUUUGAGCACGUACUUCACGUUUAAUGGGCAGGUGUACGAGCAAAUCCAGGGAACUCCGAUGGGAUCACCAAUCUCCGGCUACCUAGCUGAGGCGGUUCUACAAAAACUAGAAACACGGGUUUUUCAGUCCUACAUGCCAACAUUCUGGAUGCGCUAUGUAGAUGACACCUUUGUCAUCCUACCUCAAGACAUGAAAGAGUCGUUCAGAAGCAAAUUGAACUCAAUUUUCCCCCAGAUUCAAUUCACAAUGGAGGAAGAAAAGGACGGGGAAAUCCCCUUUCUGGAUGUCCAGGUGUCGAGACAGGAAGACGGAGCCCUCCAAACUGGUGUCUUUCGAAAGACGACCGAUACGGCGAAAAUCCUCCAUUACAGCAGUAACCAUCCUUGGCACAUAAACGCAGUUGCGUGCGGACACUCUUCCUACAUAUCAACACACUGCAGCACAGAGGCUGAAAAGCUGCGAGAGCGUAAAUCCCUAUGGCGUCUCGUUCUCUCCAAUGGGUACCCACGCAGCUUCAUAAACAAAUGCCUGUAUCAAAGGCACAUGAAGACCGACGGUGAACAAAAACAAAAACCUGAAUUCUUCCGUGCUUUGCCCUACAUGAGUGACGUUUCCGAAGCCACUGAACGCAUGCUCAGACCACUCAACGUGGGCCUUGGACACCGGCCGGAGGUCACUAUCCGCCGCUUACUCAUGCGGCCCAAGGGGCGGCUACCACCUGAGGACACGUCAGGAAUUGUUUACCGCAUCAACUGUCUAGACUGUCCGGCCAAUUAUUGUGGCAUGACCGACAAACGAUUAAGGUCGCGCAUGCAUGAGCAUUCUCUAGCUGUAAAGCGAAAAGAUGUACGAUCACAUGUUGCCAUGCAUAGCCUCGAAAAUGACCAUCAAUUCGGCUUCGACAAGGCAGAAGUAAUCGGUCGAGCUGAAAACAAAAUGGCGAGAGAGAUAAUCGAAGCCUGGCAAUCCAAGGCCAACUCGAUCAACCGUAGGAUCGACCUACCGGCGCCAUAUGAGGCCGUCAGACACCACUUGAAGGGAGGACCAAUGGGAAAAGAGAACAAUACACCUAUGAGUACUGAGUAA